AUGCCAGCAAUGUCGCGGGGCGCAACUGGCAAAUCCUCCACAAAAUCGGACGCGAGGUCGUCCUCGAAGCCGUCCUCGAAGCCGUCCUCGAAGCCGUCCUCGAAGCCGUCCUCGAAGAUCUCGAGAGCCCGCGCACCGAAACAUACGAAAGGCGGCACGGCCUCGACCCGCAACCACCGCUUUAAGGGCUUUUCGCAGCGCAUUGCGGAUAUCAAAAUCGAGCCCGUUCGCCGCGGCCGCAAUACCAUCAUCGACGAUGCCGAACUCGAGGCGACCUUCUCGUACUUCCGAGACUCUUUCUUGGAGUGGAAGGAGCUCUGUCUGGCCGAGAAUUUUGUACAUUUCUCUCGCAAGGUGUCGGCGCUAUGUGACAGCCUUCCACAGGUGCUCCAUCACAGCGACCGCAUUAUCGACCUUAUGGUCGAGUUCAUAGAAAAGGGCGACAAGUUCAGCAUGGAGCCGCUGCUGAGCCUGAUGGCACACCUUGCACACGAUCUGGGCGAACAGUUCGAGAAGCACUUCGAGAGGGUAGUCAGGGCUGUGACGCAUCUGGCGUCCACACAUGCAGAGAUUGAAGUCAUUGAAUGGAGUUUCACGUGUCUGGCAUGGCUGUUCAAGUACCUGUCUAGACUCUUGGUACCAGAUCUGAGACCGACGUUCGAUCUGAUUUCGCCUCUACUAGGCCGCGCACACCAGAAGGCUUUCAUCGCACGCUUCGCCGCCGAGUCGCUCAGCUUCCUCGUCCGCAAGGCCGGAGCCGGACACCACCGAGACAGGACACCUCUGAACUUGAUAGUCAGGCAUAUCGCGGAGCAGCUGAAGGAACUACAGGAUAAUGAGAAGGAUCAAGAGUUUCAGCAGGGCAUCAUGUUCCUGCUGGCAGACUCGCUGAAGGGCAUACAACGAGGCACACAUUCAAGCGCAACAGCAAUCCUCCAGGCUCUCCUGGCUGAAGCAUAUCACGAAGACUAUGCGUCUCUGCAGUCGCCGCCACUCGAGCCCGUCCUCGUGGGAGUUGUCACUGCGGUCAUCCAUCAUACAGACUCCGAGAACUUCAGGCCGCUCCUCGACGUCAUAUUAGCACAAACCGUUUCGGCAAGCCCGGAGUACGCUGCGCUAUCAUCUCGACUGCUCUUCAUAGUUUGCGGUGUGAGAAAGGGUACCCGCAUUGCGGACUGGAAGCCCGUACUUUCUGCUUUGGAACAUGUUCUAAGCAGUGUGAACGACCCCGCGAACCUCGAAUCUGCCGAAGCUUGGGACCUUUUAUCAGCAACUACCGUGGUAUUCCAGUACUGUGCCCUCGAUUCUGCGAUACCCUACGAAAAGCUACUGGAAGGGCUCGCUAAGGGAUCAUGGGACCAGUACUUUCUGCCUUUCUGCAAUACGUUUGCGGAACUCGGCGCAGAAAAGUUCAAGGCCCUCUUGCUCCCAUACUUCAAGCGCUUCGUUGCACAGAAAGCGCACGAACACGGGCCAGAGCUCUGCAUCAUUCUCCCGCAACUGUAUCAAAGCGGCACCAUAACAGCUGGUGUCGUACGGGCUUCAGACCGCUGGCAAACGCUUCUCGACAGCCCGUUCCGUGAACUUUUUAAAGUGCAGUCCGACGAAGAGCAGCGGAUUAAGUCGACAUACCACUGCAACGCACUGCUCGAUGCCUUGGAGAUAUUGGCCGUUCCCGAAGACAAGACACGACGCAUCUGGGAGGAACUUAAAGAGCUGCUUGACACAUCCGCCAAGGUAGACUCGACCGAUAACACUCGCAAGACUAACAUAUUCGGCACUGGCAAGGGCUUUCAGUACCUGGUGGACAAGUCUGUGGAUGACCAGAACUUUGCCCUUAGCUUGUGGCCUACGCUAUGUCAAGCAACGCCAGUGUAUGCGCACUCACUAUCGUUCUGGAAGGCGCUCCUUGCUUUGAUGCAGAAAAAAAAACAGAUCAUACUGACAACUGGUCCUCAUAUGGAACCUCUGAAGCGCGAACUCAUGCGAUGUUUGGGCUCGCCAUCUCAUGAGCUGAGAUUAACUGCAAUCUACAUCUUGGACAUCAUCGCAGGAAAGAGUGAGGAACUGCGCCACAUCAUCUCUGUUGCCAUGAUGAUCGAGCAGACACCACUUGAUCUUGAAAACCAGAGGUCAAUCUCGAUGCGCAUUGGUCAAUUGGGGAAGCUCUAUCACGAUGUCCGCGCUGACGAGUGGGUGGGCGAGAUGAUACCCACCUUCUGCUUCGGUUUGCUACAUGUGAGAAUGGCGUCAGCUUGGGCCGACACCUGCGCAGCGUUGAAAACUAUGUGCGACACCAGAGAAGGCGAAGCGUUCAUCUCGCAAAUUGCUCUUGCCUGGCUAGGGGAACCAGAGUCUUCGGAGAGCUCUGCGAGCGGCCUCACGAAAGAUACUAAGACCAAGCGGUACGCGAACGAGUUUGAAUGCACAAACGUGUUUCAACUACAGGAUCUCGUUGCCAACAACCAGGAGCUAUCGUAUGAUAUCGACGACAAGCUCGAGUCAAUGUUCGAUGAGAAGCAUCCGCAAAUUCCCUUCAUCAACGCCUUCAGUAGGACACAAGCGCUGCGUUUGCUAAACGCAAUACCGCAAGUGGCCGAGAAGCGUUCGCGUAUGCUCGUGCCUGUACUGCUGGAUUGGGCCCUGGACCUGCCAGUUCCUGAAAGCGGGAACGAGGAUACCAACGACGAUGUGCCCGAGCCCACACAACAGCGAUGGAACCGCAAAGACCAGAAAGCAAUGCUGACUGUCUUCUCGAAGUUCAACAACCCAAAGGUGUUGUUCCGGUCUAGCGAGGUUCGGGAUGCUCUGUUGUCUCUGCUCAGCAACGGUGAUGUCGAGAUCCAGAAAGCCGCACUUCAAGCGCUCCUCACGUGGAAGGAUCGCGCAGUAACACCGUAUCAAGAAGAUUUGCUUGGUUUACUCGACGACCAGCGUUUCCGGGACGAGCUACCGAUCUUCCUCAGCGAAGGCAAGAUCCUAGACAACGAUCUUGCUGACGUUCUGCCCAUCAUCCUCCGAUUGCUGUACGGCAAGGUGAUUGCUGGCAAGCGAGGUCUGGAAUCAAAGAGGAAGAGCGUAUUCAUCGGGCUGAAGAACAGGUUUGGAGACGAUGCGAUUCAUCAAUUCCUGAGCAUCGCCUUCGGUCCGCUGAGCGGCGCAUCAAUCCUCAAAAGUGGUGCGCUCGAUGAGGAUCUGCUGCGCAAGGAUCUAAUCGACACGCGCAAGCAGGUCGGUAUGCUGAAUAUGCUCGAUGACCUGCUCAGCACCUUCAAGUCGACUUUCACACCGUUUACUGCCGAUGUUGUAGAUCCACUCAUGUACUGCCUUGUCAAGGCGUCUCGAGACUUGCACACUGCUGCAUCGACCGAGGAGGCAGAAAACGAUGACAGCCACAAGUUCCAAGUUUCAUUGCUCAGGACCGUUCGUCAACGUGCUCUACAAUCUUUGGCUAGGCUAUUUGAGAGCUGCCCCGAAUUCCACUGGAACCCUUACACGUCGCCGAUUGUCAAGGAGCUGGUCGAGCCAAGACUGGGCCAAUUGCCUAUUGAGACUGCUCAAUCCAUCUCUGGUCUACUUCGACUAUUCGCGUCGUGGUCAAAGACCACGUCAACGGCACCCUUCCUUGUUGAAUAUAAUAAGGCUAUUCUGAUCAAGACCCUCGACAUCCUGGAUGUACCGUCCGCCAAAGACGACGUAAAGCAGUUUGUUCUGGACGAGAUUGUGCGCAACAUUAUCUCACUUGUCGCUAACGAUGCGGAUUCAUCAUCGGUGGAUGCGAAGAUUCAGAGGAACCGUGUCUACACGGAUAUUAUCCAGCCAUACUCGAACGCCAUUUUGGCUAGCGUUGGCGGCCUUCUCCGUAAGAGCCCAAGCAAAGAAGUCCUCGAAUCAGGAGUCUUGGCUGUUGCAGAACUUGCACCUCACGUCAUUGGUUCGACCGAGUCCCGUAGCAUGAUCGAGAUUGCGACAUUCCUUAUUCGCCAACCAUCGAAACGAGUCAACCCAAGAACGAAGCUUGGUCUGCUCAAGAUCCUUCACGAGUUCAUCCAACGUUGCGAUAUUGAGAGCUUGGACGAGCUGUUCGAUGGCAUCUACAAUGCUGUCUCCCCGAUGUUCGCUUUCUUUCAGGACAGGGCUGCACGCACUGUACUUUGCGAUGUCGUUCAGGAUCUAUCAGAGAAUAGAGAAGAGCUGGCAGGCAUUGCAAAGCUCUGUCAGGACCUCAAUUCCUUCGCAACAGGCAGGUUGGACGAGCCUGACUUCGAGCGUCGCUCACAAGCCUUCAAUCAGAUCAACGACCAGGGCUACAAGUCAUUGUCCUUGAUGCAAUGGAAGCCUAUUGUUCACAACAUGCUCUACUUCAUUAAAGACAACGAUGAAUUGAGUAUCCGUGUGAACGCAUCCGCUACACUUCGCCGAUUCAUCGAGGUAUCGCAGGGCGAUGACUUUAAGGAAUUCAUCUCAACUGCGAUCAUCCCUGGGAUACAGCACGGUAUGCGCGAGCAGUCCGAGCUCGUGAGAAUCGAGUUCUUGGUGGUCACUGAACAGUUGGUCAAGGUUCAUCGCGAUUGGUCACCGGUAGCUGACCUGUUCGUCCUUGUCUCGGACGAUGAGGAGGCCUCAUUCUUCACCAACAUCUUGCACAUUCAGGGUCACCGUAGAUUGCGAGCCCUUCGCCGUCUGGCUGCCAACGCUUCGCACUUGCAGCCAGGCAACACAUAUCAUGUCCUGUUGCCGCUGCUUGAGCACUUUGUCUUCAAUAAAGCGGACGACGACAGCGCCGAUAACCUUGCUGGAGAGACAAUCCGUACCCUUGCUGCUCUGGUUGAGUGGCUUGAGUGGCCGCAGUUUAGGUCUCUUCUCAAGCGCUACAUUGGCUACUUGACCAGCAAAGAAGAUAUGCAGAAAGCCAUCGUACGAUUGAUCGGUGGUUUAAUGGAUGGCCUCAACCAGGCUGGUAGAAAGAAGGGGUACGUCACAGCCUCACAGCCGGCAGCGAAUGAUGAUGACGCAACUGAAGAAGCCGCAGAGGCGGGUGCAGAUGCGAUGGAUGUCGACACAUCUGUUUCCACGCUGUCGAAGACGCUUCCGCAACAAGAGAAGUUGACAAAGGACCUUGUCAAUAAUGUCCUGCCAGACUUGACAGCUUUUCUGCACAAGAAGGACGAGGCUACUACUAGUCUGCGUGUGCCUGUCGCAGUGGCGCUGACAAAGGUGCUCCUUGUCCUCCCGUCUACUGAGAUCGAGGGACGACUUCCUGGUGUCCUCCUCGAUAUCUGCCAUAUCCUCAAGAGUCGCACCCAGGAAAGUCGUGACCAGGCUCGCAAGACCCUUGCCGAAAUCGCAGUACUUACUGGACCAAGCUACGUCGGCUUCAUCCUCAAGGCUCUACGGACUGCUCUCCAGCGUGGCUACCAGCUACACGUGUUCUCAUACACUCUUCACUACAUUUUGGUUCAACUCGCGAGCCAAUUGAAACCUGGUGAUCUUGACUACUGCGUCGCCGACAUCGUCGACAUCGUUAUGGAUGACACUUUUGGUGUGACUGGUCAAGAGAAAGAUGCCGAGGAAUACAUCAGCAAGAUGAAGGAAGUCAAGAGCAGCAAGAGCUUUGAUACGAUGGACAUCAUAUCUCGAUCCAGCACACCUGCCCAUCUCAUCAAGCUGGUGAAUCCCAUCAAGUCACUGCUUCUGGAGCGAAUCAAUGCAAAGAUGGUAUCGAAGAUUGACGAACUGCUCCGUCGCAUUGGCUUGGGCAUCUUGCAGAACCCAACAGUUAACAACCGAGAUAUUCUGGUCUUCUGCUACGAGCUAAUUCAGGAGGUGUACAGAGCGAGCGCGACAACAGCCAAGGGGGACAAGACAGACCCCAAGCUAAAACGUUUCCUGGUCAACAGGAGAGGGGCCGCCAAAUCCGGUGCGCGCCUAUCAACAUCUUCUUACAUCUACAAGAUGACACGCUUCAGCAUGGACAUCCUCAGAACUGUGCUGCGCAAGCAUGACGAUCUCCAGACACCGCAGAACCUGGCGGGUUUCCUACCCAUCAUCGGAGACGCCAUGGUCCAAGGACAGGAAGAAGUUCAAGUCUCAGCCGUUCGUCUGCUCACUGCCAUCGUCAAAGUGGACAUGAAAGAGAUGGAUGAAAAUUGCCCGGUUUACAUCGAUGAGGCCGUACGAGCUAUCAAGGGUGCACACUCCUCCAACACUGAACUUGCUCAAGCGUCGCUCAAGCUAGUCGCGGCUGUGCUUCGUGAGAGACCUAAUGUGGUCAUUCGCGAGCGAGAUGUCGGCCACUUGAUCAAGCGUCUGCUGCCUGAUCUUGAUGAGCUUGACCGCCAAGGUGUCAGCUUCGCAUUCUUGAAAGCUGUCAUGAGUCGUCACAUUGACGUGCCCGAAGUCUAUGAGGCGAUGGAUAAAGUUGCAGAGAUGAUGGUCACCAACCAGACAAAAUCCGCCAGAGAUCUCGCUCGCAGCCACUACUUCCAAUUCCUGACAUCGUACACGCAAAGCGAGAAGCGUUUCAAGAAGUCCAUGGAGUUCCUGCUCAAGAACUUGCGUUACGAGCAUGUCGAGGGUCGUCAGUCUGUUAUGGAAGCUCUGGAUCUCAUCAUCACAAAGGCCCUACCCAGGUUCCUGGAGAAAGCUCAGUAUGAGUACCACGGCAUGAUCUUCUUACCUUUAAUCAAUACUCUCGCGAAUGAUGACUCGAGCAAGUGCCGAGAACUUGCCAGUCUACUUGUCAAGCGACUCUUCCAGCAUGCGAGCGAGAAGCGGCUGCAGAACUUCACAGCUGAUCUAAAAGGUUGGCUUGAGCAAGACGAUAACACCGGCUUGAAGCGUCUCGGCAUUCAAGUCUGGGGUUUCUACUUCGAGGCUCUAGAAAUCGAAGACGAAGAGCCGAAGGAGCUGAUGCACGUGCUCAACGGACUUGACUCGACGGUCGACGAAUCUCUGGCACGGUGUAAUGAUGAUGACUGGGAGCUACUCUACUACUCCCUCACGCUCGUCUCGAAAAUUUGCAAGAAGUAUCAAGAUACCAUGCUCUCCGCUGACAAGGUGAGCCUAUGGACUGCAGUCCAAGCCAGCGUAUCUUAUCCACAUGCGUGGGUCAAGCUCAAGGCUGCUGAGCUGAUGGGCACGUAUUUCGCCCAUCUUGCCAUUACUAACAAAGAUGUUGGCCUGGGCGAACUGCCUCUCAAGGGGUCUGGUGGUUUGCAGCUAGCAGAGCAGAACAUGAUACAGCUCACCAACGCGUCGCUAAGGAACUUGCUCAAUCCUGAGGUAUCAGAGCAGCUGUGCACUCAGAGUGUCAAGAACAUUGCCUUCUUGGCGAGAUGUCUGGCAGUCAACGACGCAAAGUGGCAAUGGCACAACGCAGAUGAGGAAGAAGAGACAGAAGAAGCGCCCCAAGCAAAUGGUGCAGAUGAUGAUGCAUCCUCGGAUGAAAACGCCGAAACCACGAAAAAGACACCACCAGCAGCCAUCCACCGCCUAAUGAUUCGCCUAUCUGGCAUCGUCCGCCGCGAGACCAGUUCCAUGAAUGCAAAGACCGCUAUCAUGAAUCUCCUCGAAACAAUGGCCGCCAAGUUCCCGCUUGAGCCGCUCACAACCUCACUCCCACACCUCCUCACCACACUAAACACGCUCGUCGACCCUGCAACAACGAUUCCCCGCGCCCACACCAACGCGUCGUCGACCUCGCUGAACGAGCCCAAUGAGCUGUAUAAAUCGCUCAUCGACAAGGCACGCGAGAUUAUGAAUACGCUGCAGAAACGUAUGGGCACGCAGGAGUAUCUCAAGAUUAUGGGCGAUGUACAGAGAGCUGUUCGAGAAAGGAGGGAGGAACGGCGCAGGAAGAGGAAGGUCGAGGCAGUUGCGGAUCCGGAGAAGUGGGGGAGAGAGAAGAAAAGGAGGAAUGAUGUUAAGAGGGUUAAGAGGAAAGAGAGGGGGGCUGAGCAUCGCGGGCAGAGGAGGGGGUGGUAGUGUAAGUGUGAGGGACUGCGUUCUGUCGCAUUUGAAGGUGUUGGUGCAUUGGUGGCGUUUAGAGGAAAGCACAGUUGUUGUCUGUUGCAAUAGCAAUGAGAAGAUACCCGGCCAAUGCCCAUGUGCCCUUCCCGUUACUUGAUAAGAGUGAGAGUGUGAACGACGCCCCAUGCGAAAUACCCCUAUGCCCUAACAUCUACAGUGCUCAUCCGCACCUUGCGUCACCAAAU